UCGUGCCAAGUUCUCCGUGCAUUUUCAGAUUCUUCUUCUCUGUCCGGCAACGUCUCGAUGGGCCUUGUGAACCGGCCUUUGCGAUUCGAUGGGUCGCUCGGCUCAACGGUUGGUCUCGAUCGAGGCCCAGAGAAAGCAUCUCGAGGAGCAGGAUUAUCGAUAUCAGACGAGGAAUCCAGGAUUCGCGGCGAACUUGAGCUCGACGUGGAGCGAGAUUUGGAGGAGGAGAUCAAGGAUGGAAUGUAUCGCCUGGCUCUGCAACUCCACCGGCUUUACCAACACCAGAAGGAGAGAAUUUCAAGAGCGCGGCAAUCCGCCCAAAGCGCGGCGAAAAACCGACGGGGAAUCGAGGAGAAAUCGGUCUCGGAGGUGAAUAUAAGCAUCAAAAUGGAAGGAGGGACCAAAGUCGUGAUUAGAGAAACGAAGAGAGAGGCCACGAGAGACAAAACCGGGCCUCUCAGAGCCUCGGGAACGCCAAAUUCGAACCGUCAUAGUAAUAACGAGAAGCACGGAACGAUUGUUCGAAGAGUGAAGAAGUUCGACUGGGCAAACUCCCUUCGAUCGGGAGGAGGCGCGAGCAUCAUCGACGAGAAAGGAAGCGGUAAUGCACUCGGGAAAUCGAGGAUGCAUCCUCGCGGCCGCCGCGUUUCCCGUUCAAACCUUCGAAGCGAGGGUUGCGGAAACAGCGUCGGCGGCGACUCGGCGAGGCACAAAGUGAACCGGCUCGUUGAUCAUAAGUUGCUCGACAUGGAAAUGGGUUGGAAAGGCUGAUGGAUGGAGCUUUUUGUUCACUCUGGUUGUCGAUUGAUGAGUGUUGGUCUGUGUUAAUUAGGACAAUGCAUGCAUGAAAUAAAGGUUCAACGUUGGUUUUGUACGUUUAAUUGUGAUUUGGUCGUGCGUCGCCGGCUUGAAGAUCGAGAUGUAAAUUUAAGAAUUACGAUGAAAUAAUAAGAUGGUUUAA